AUGGUCAAUAGGGCCUUUGAGAACUACACACUCGACACAGCCGAUUUCUUCUUCAACUGCUGUGACUGCUGCCCACCUGCUGCGGGGCCCCGCGGGCAGCCAGGGGAGCAGGGACCCCCAGGUCCCAAGGGGGAAAAGGGAGAAUCUGGUCUGCAAGGUCUGCCGGGAUCCCCAGGUUCCCAAGGUCCAAAAGGUUCUAAAGGAGAAAGAGGUAAACAAGGCGAGCGAGGAGUAAGUGGAAAUCCUGGUUAUCCAGGCAAACCUGGGCUGCAAGGUGAAGCUGGAGUAAAAGGCAAUAAGGGCAACUAUGGCUUCCCUGGCCUGAAGGGACAAAAGGGGUCCAAAGGGGACACUUGUGAGAAUGGGACCAAAGGAGAAAAGGGAGACAGAGGGGAUGCUGGAAACCCAGGAGUGGAUGGAGAACAGGGUGACAAAGGUGAAAAGGGAGACACAGGGGAGAAGGGGUAUUGUGGGGAGCCAGGGGGAAAAGGUGCAAAGGGAGAAAGAGGGGAAGGAGGUAUGAAGGGAGAAAAAGGGAGCAAAGGGGAGAUGGGGGUUGAAGGCAUUUCGGGGGUGGAUGGAAAACAAGGAGAAAAGGGUGAGCAAGGAAGUAAAGGUGAAAAAGGGGACCUGGGACCUGCUGGCGUUACAGGACCUUCUGGGCCCAAGGGGGUUGCUGGCAGCAAGGGCGGCAGAGGGGCUCCAGGAAAGAAAGGCUCCCGUGGGGCGAAGGGUGCCCAAGGGGACACUGCAAAGCUCCUGCGAUCGGCAUUCAGCGCUGGCUUGUCCAAGCCCUUCCCUCCACCCAACGUCCCCAUUAGAUUUGACAAGAUCUUGUACAAUGAUCAAGAAGAUUACAACCCUUCUACCGGGAAAUUUAACUGCAGUGUGCCUGGCACAUACGUCUUUGCCUACCACCUGACGGUGAGAGGGCGCCCUGCCCGCGUCAGCCUCGUUGCCCGCAGCAAGAAGGUGGCCAAAGCCCGUGAGACACUCUAUGGCCAGGAGAUUGACCAGGCAUCCUUCCUGACCAUCCUGAAGCUCAGCGUGGGUGACCAGGUGUGGCUGGAGGUUGCACGGGACUGGAAUGGGGUCUACGUCAGUGCUGAGGAUGACAGUGUCUUUACAGGGUUUCUUCUGUAUCCAGAUGUUUUUGACACACUGCUAUAG